UUUAUCUACAGUGGUAUGAAAAAUAUUAGAAACAACAAUUUGAAAAGCAUAAAACAAUGGUUUAGUGUACAAUAUUUGGUUUUAUAUAUUCUCAUUUUUUUAAAUACUGAAAUGGAAAGCUCUCUUAAGAAUCUAAUUGACAAUUUUACAUGUGUUAUUUGUAUGAGCACAGUGCACGAUGAUGCAAGAAUGUGUAAUCAAUGCUCAAAGUUAUAUUGUUUAAAUUGUAUUACACAAUGGGUGUUAGAAGAGCAGUCUAGUUGCCCUAAUUGCAGAACUACUGUAAAAUUAGAAGAACUUGCUUAUUGUCGUUGGGCAAAAGAUGUUACUGCGUUAAUAGAAAAUCUACCAAAUCAACUUCAUUCCACUGUUGAGAACAGAAUAUCUGAAACUAACCCAACUUGGUGCAACGACCAUGAAAACAACAAUAAAAUGAAGUGUGCGACACACAAAGAUAAAAUGAGUGUAUUUUGUGAAACAUGCUCUGCUUAUCUAUGUCAUAAGUGCAUGUGUGAAACUGGGCACUUUCAACACAGCUUUUUACCAUUGGAAUUUGCUUAUGAACCCCCAAUCUCCGAUGAUGAGGGAAACUUUAAUCAAGAUGAAUCAAAUGUCGAAAAAUUAGUUUUCCAGUUGCAAGAAAUGGGUUUUGAAAAUAGUUAUGGAAAGUUACGCAGCUUGUUGCUGAUGAACAAUUGUUUAAUUGCAAAUGUAGUCGAUGCAUUGAAUAUUGAAAACAUCAUCGAGAACAAUCUAGAACUACACCGUCAGAAGAAAUCGAAUCUUGAAGAGUCGAUUUGUCAGUUAAAAGAAAUGGGUUAUGACAAUAGUAAUGGGAGGUUACGCACAUUGUUGAUAAUGAGCGGCUGCAGCUUAGAGAAAGUGUUUGAGCUACUUAGUACUGAUUUUUUCAAGUGCUAGGUACUAGGUAGCUCAAACAAUAUUUUCGUUAUUUUGUUCUCUUUCAUUUAUUAACAUUUUUAUUUUUACUUGUGCCUUUUAAUUUCAGUUUAUUAAAACAAAAUUCUUCAAUCAUGUUUCUAAACUUUUAUUUUAUAGUAUAAUAUAGUUUUAUUUUUAUACUGUAAAUUCUAAAUAAUUUUAUAAUCGAUAAAAAUUGGAGACUUUCUCAUAUUGUCUAUUUCUGUUAAUGGUAGGUACACUGACUGAGUUGUAAAAUUUAUUGUUGUUACCAGUACGCAACUUACUCUGUAAUCGGUGUCAUACCAUUUGCGUAUUUUAACUGUGAAUGUCUUUAAAAAUGCAAGUUCAAUAAUAUAAUUCUGUGAUUAAAAAAAAUCAAAAACUUGAA